AUGACGAGGGUCCUUCGCCAAUCAGCUGAUCUGCUGAUCGAGUUUGCUGCGCCGCUGGAGCCGCUGGAGCAUUGGCUCCGACUCGCCGGCAACGCCACGGUUCGGGUCUCCUUCCCCUACGCCUCCCAGGCGGUUCCUUCACUGAAUCGCAUCAUCAAGACAGAGACACUGGCGGCACAGGAGGCCUUGGCGGACAGGACUUCUUGGACGUUACUUCGCCCAGGCUCGUGGCACAUGCGCUUCGUUGAUGCCGUGGCAUGGGCACAGCGGCAUCCUUCACAGGAGAUCUACAUGAACCAAGCGAUGGUGGCAGAUCUUGGUUCGGAGGCACUGAAUCAGCUGAAGCUCAACAUGACGAAAAGCAACGGCUUGACGUUGGUGAGUCCUUCACUGUGGAUGUCCUCUGGUGUUGUGACCACUGGUUACCACGUUGACGGCCCGGAGAAUCUCUUGGUCCAGCUGACUGGAACGAAGGAGAUCUCGCUUCUCAAGCCCAGCGAGGAGUCCAAACUUCAGUACCAGGAAGUGGUGGAUGCUGAGCCUCAUGUGGAUGACGUGUUUGCAGAUGGUCCUGCAGCCCUGGGGGACUUGAAACAUUUGGAACGCCGCAGCCGAGGCCAUUCUGUCCUGGAUGUGGCUGCGGCGCCAUCUGCCGUCCCAGAGGAUUUCCUGCAGAUGUACCAAAAGGCAGAGGGGAUGAGCUGCACCAUUCACCCCAGGGAUGUUUUGCAGCUCGACAGCAAUGAGAAGCAAUGA